UUUUUUUUUUGCUUGGGGAUGAUGUAGUUAGAAGACAGGAGAGGAGAGAGACAGCUAUCAACUAUGAGGUUUAUGGUGUGAGAUCUAGGUUUUAGAGAUGUUUAGAGCCUAUACUGUUUCAAAAACAAUGAGCAUGCAGCUAUUCUAUUCUUCUUUGAAACUAUUUAUCACAGGGGGAUCUAGGUAGCUUUAUUUUCAGAAUAAAUCUAGGUAGAUUUAUAUUCAGAAUAAAUACCAUCUAAAUAAAAUAUAGAUGCCCCUAACUCUUCUAAAAUAAUUCAACUGAGAGAGGGCAUUAGAAGAGCUAUGAAACCUUUUCUAAAUCAUACUUGACUCAAAGAAUUCUUCUGACUUUUCAAUCUGAACAAACUCUCUGGAUUCACAUUUAGAAACCACAAAUUUAUUGAAUUACUGAUGUCUGUUCCGUAUAUGUGUACUGUGAAGGUGAAUAACUUAAAAUGCAAAUCUUCAAAUGUUUGCAAAGCAAUUCUGUUAAUGUAUAAUCAUUGCGAUGAAUUUGUAUGAAAGUGCAAACAUAUUUAAGAUGAGAAACAACAAAAAAGCUAAUGAAAUUUAAAAAUUGAAAUCCUUGAUCUGACCAUGUUAGUGUCUGUUGUAUUUAGAAAUUUACUAUGAGCAUUUUUGCAAAGCAUAAAGUAUGUAAAAUGUUACCUGACAGAGCCUUAUAUCUUUUUACUUUUCUGAAGGUAGCCUUUGACUGCUCAGAAUUUGGAAAUGGAUCAUGUCCAGAGAAUGACAAGUCAUUAGGUAUUCGAACUGCCAUGUAUCUGUUUAUUUCUGGGGCUAUCUUCAUCACUAUAUUUGGGAAUCUUGCUAUGAUUAUUUCCAUUUCCUAUUUCAAACAGCUUCAUUCUCCAACCAACUUUCUCAUCCUCUCCAUGGCAAUCACUGACUUUCUCCUGGGAUUCAGCAUUAUGCCCUACAGCAUGAUCCGGUCUGUGGAGAAUUGCUGGUAUUUUGGAAUUUUGUUCUGCAAGAUCCAUUACAGCUUUGACUUGAUGUUAAGCAUAACAUCAAUCUUCCAUCUUUGUUCUGUAGCCAUAGACAGGUUUUAUGCCAUAUGCUACCCUUUGCAUUAUUCUACUAAAAUGACCAUUUCAGCAGUGAAGAGGUUGUUGCUUUUCUGUUGGUCAAUACCAGGAACAUUUGCUUUUGGGGUGGUUUUCUCUGAGGCAUAUGCUGAUGGAAUAGAAGGCUAUGAUGUCCUUGUUGCAUGCUCCAGUUCUUGUCCAGUGAUGUUCAAUAAGCUCUGGGGCACCACUUUGUGUAUGGCAGGCUUCUUCACCCCAAGCUCUGUGAUGAUAGGAAUUUAUGGCAAAAUCUUUGCAGUAUCCAAAAAACAUGCUCGUGCAAUCAACACCAUCCCUGAAAAUCAAAAUAGCCAAAUGAAGAAAGAGAAGAAGGCAGCCAAAACCUUGGGGAUAGUGAUGGGCUUCUUCUUGUUUUGCUGGUUUCCUUGCUUCUUCACAAUUUUAUUGGAUCCAUAUUUAAAUUUCUCUACUCCUUCAGUAUUAUUUGAUGCUUUGACCUGGUUUGGCUAUUUCAAUUCCACAUUCAAUCCUCUCAUAUAUGGUUUCUUCUAUCCUUGGUUUCGCAAAGCACUGAAAUAUAUUCUCCUUGGUAAAAUAUUUAACUCGCAUUUUCAGAAUGCUAAUUUGUUUACUCAGAAAGAAUCUGAAUAGAGACUUAGGAGACUUACUUUAAGCUCUUGAAAAGUAUAGAAAUGUAUAUAUAUAAAUAUAUGUGUGUAUGUAUAUAUGUAUAUACAUAAACAUAGGAUAUAUCCUAUGAGAGGAUUGGUCUGGGAGUCAGGAAGACUUGAGCCCAAGUUUCACCUCUGACAUAGACUGAUAACCAUGGAUGUUUCUUAACUUUUGGGGGUCUCAGGAAAAUCCUUAAGACUCUAAGUUAUAGAUACGUCAAUGAUUUGUACAAGUAGAAGUUUCCAUACUGUUAAUUUGAAGAGACCAAUAAAAUCACAGAUCUGGACAACAAUGACAGAAGUGUACACUGAGAUCUCUGGAUAUACAGUGUCCCAAAAGUGUUAGCUUUAAUAGUUUAAACAACCAAUCAAUCAAUAUUUAUUAAGUACCUCCAAUAUAGGUAAGCCGUGGAGAUGCAAAAAUAGUCACUAGACAAACCUCUGCCCUCACAGAGCUUACAAUCUAAUGGGGAAGUUAUCAUGUAUACAAAUAUUUACAAAGCAAGCUAUCCAUGAGAUAAAUGAGAUAGGAAAUAACAGAAAGAAAACACCAGAAAUAAAGGGGAUUAGGGGAGGCUUCCUGUAAAAGGUGAGAUUUUAGUUGGGACCUGAAGGAAGCCAGAGAGGUCAGUGAAUGGAGAGGAAAAGGGAAAAUAUUCUAGGCAUGAGGGAGAGCCAGAGAGAAUUCUCAGAGCUGAAGGAUUCUCUUGCUUGUUGAAAAAUGAGGUUAACCUAUAAUAAGAUGUUUUAAGUGAUUAGCCACUAAAAAUGUCAGUAAGAGUUUUUGGACACUUCGUUAUAGAUAUAUGAGAUAAGAAAGGCAGAAUUGCCUCAUAUACAGUCCAAUGACUUUUACAGGAAAAUUUGGAUUAUUGUCCAAACAUCAACACAUACCAAUUAUAUGAUUAUAGGCAAGUCUCUUUCUUUUUUAAGACCCAGAAUUUUUUAUGACAAUUGAUUAUUCUGUUUCAGAUGAUCCAGGAAUUGGAACAGCUAGGUGGAUCAGUGGGUUGAGAGUCAGACCCAGAGAUGGAAGGUCCUGGGUUCAAUUCUGACCUCAGACAUUUCCUAGCUGGGUGACCCUGGGCAAGUCAGUCAUUUGACCACCAUUUGCCCAUCUCUUACUGCUCUUCUACUUUCUAUGAGUGUAGGUGAUCACUAAAAAUAUUAUUCAGAUGGUGUCUUCUAUUGUGUUUGGAGAGCUAACACUAUUUGAGAAACUAUAUUAUAUUACAUAUGUAUGCAUGUACAUAUUUUUAUAAUUUCAAAACAAUGUCAUGGUAAUUUUAUAGGUGGCAGAACAAUUUUUUUUCCUUUGAAAAUGAAGGUGUUGGACUAGAUGAUCCUUAAGACUCUCCUGGCUCUAACAUUUUUUGAUAAAAAUAAAAAUGACUCCCAUCAAAUAUCAAACAUUUACCUAGGAAAUACUAAAUAUGAGGGAAUGAGCUAAAGGGAACAGGUCUCUCCAAAGAAGCUUUCUAUUUAGAUAUUUGCUCUGUUAUUUUCCUACCUUGGGAUGUUCUGCUCCACAAACUAGCAUCCUCAGCAUUUCUCUGCCGGCUGCUAGGAAAUCAUCUGAAUCUGAUGAUGAAAUUGGAAAAUAAUUAUUUUAGCAAGAGAGUGGAACAUGUAAAAAAAAGUUAGCUGAUUAGGAGAUAAUCAACGAUAGUCUUGCAAGCCAAAAACAUUUAAUGGGAUUGGAUAUAUUAUCAGGGAGGAUAAAAUGAGAGUAAAAAACAAUCACAAAUAUUUCCUUGUUAUUCCAAAAAUUAAGUGUCAAUGGAAAAAGAGGAAACAGAUUUGGCAAAGUCAAAGCUGAUAGAUUAAAAAGUACAUAGUAUUAUGCAAAGUACAGAUAGCUAGGUGGCUCAGUGAAUAAAGUUUUGGGGCCUGGAGUCUGGAAGACUCAUUUUCUUGAGUUCUAAUCUGAUCUGAGAAACUUACUAGCUAUGUGACCCAGGCAAGACAUUUGACCCUGUUUGCCUCAGUUUCCUCCUCUGUACAAAUGAGCUGGAGAAGAAAAUAGCAAAUCACUACAAAAUUUUUGCCAAGCAAACCCUAAAUGGAGUCACAAAGAGUCAGAUACAACUGAACAACAACUACAAAUUGUGCUUUAUUAUGAUUUAAUAAUCCAAAGAUAUUUUGUCAGGUUUAAAUGUGAUUUCCUCAUUUAAA